AUGUGGCUAUUCCUGCCUAUUCUAUUCAUCAGCUGUAAUGCUUUGAAAAUACUACAGAUCGUGCCAGGAUUCACCAAUAGCCAUGUGUUAUUCAACUAUAGAUUGGCUGAGACGCUGAAAUUUCUUGGACAUGAUGUGAAAAUGUGGACACAGAUGGAAAUGGCUAUGUUGGACACUGGAAAUAAUCGGCUCCCAGAGGGAGUGACAGAACAUCGAAUAGCCAUUCAUUUCAAAGAUAAACUCAAGACUGAAGGCUUAAAAGUGUUCCAAUCACUAAUGUUUUCCGCUGGCGACGCUUAUGAUCUCUGGUGGACAGGCCAGGAAUUCAAGGAUAUGCGAGUUGAAGCAUGCGCACAAAUGUUGAAUCAUGACCCAGAGAUUUUUGCUCAGUUUCAAGCGGAAAACUUUGACUUAGCCAUUGCACACUUCCAUGAUCUUUGCCCACUUGCUAUCGCUGAAAAAAUAGGAGUAAAAAAGGUCAUAUGGAUUACUCAUGGUACAUCUAUUUAUGACUUCGCAGCCGUGCAAUUGGGUUUGCGUACAUUACCAGCAAGUGUACCGCAUCCAUUGUCAUCAGCCGGUUUCACGCUAUCGUUUUGGGACCGAGUCUUCAAUCUACUGUGGCAUCUAUCUUUACUGGAUUUUGUUAACUUACCCCAAAACCUCCUCUACGAUGAGAAUGAGUACUAUCGAGGAGUUGUCGAAGCAGACAAACCAGACCUUUGGGAUCUUUCAAAGAAUGUGCCAGCAUUGCUCAUCAAUGGAGAACGAAUGCUAGAUUUUCCCAGGCCACUACCGAUCCACAUAACUUUUUCGGGAGAAUUAGGGCUCAAGAAGGCUGCGAAGAAAGUCGAAUUUGACGAGGAAUUGCGUACAAUUCUUGAGCAACCUUCAAAAGGAAUCAUAGUUUUUUCACUAGGAACUGUUUCGAACACAACAAACAUGCCCGAGCAGAUGAUUAAGUCGUUUGUGGGAGCUUUUGCAAAGCUGGUUGACUAUACGAUUCUUUGGCGAAUGGAGGGUAAGGUUGAGGGCGCUAAUUCGUUAAAGCAUGUUCAUUUGCUUAAAUGGAUACCACAGAAGGAUAUUAUGAAACUACCCAAUAUGAAAUUGUUGAUAGCACAUGGAGGAUAUAACUCAUUUUUGGAAACUGCCCAGGCUGGUGUACCCGCCGUACUGAUGCCUCUGUUUGCUGAUCAGAAAAUAAAUGCUAUGAGGGCCCAACGGUUUGGAAUAGCGAGAGUCGUCGACAAAUUACAUCUGACACCAGAGAUCGUUCUAGAAGCUGUAGAAGAUGUCCUCAACGAUAAGAGCUACACCAUCCGGGCAAAGAAGCUCUCGCAAAUGUUGACGGAUAAACCAACAAAUCGCCCAUAUUCGACACUCAACUACAUUCUAAAAUUAGCGACAAGUGAUACGAAAUACUACACACUCCAAGCUGCACAAAAGCUUUCGUUCAUUGAAUUUUAUAGCCUUGACGUAUUUGUUAUUGUUAGCUUUUUCAUAGGAGUUCUUUCACUAGACACUCGGUAAAUUCUGGUUACAGGAGUCCCAUUUAGACAAUAGAGUUUAAGAUUGUAUCAUCAUCUAUUUUUUGAAUAAAUGUUUGGC